AGUAUUUUGGGGCCCGUUCCGUCAGUUGCAGAAUUUUCACCGAACCGUUCGGAUGGAAUCCGGUCGCCUGGCCGUCGAAGCGCGCGUUUUGUGUUCGGGACUGUUCGGGACGUUUUCUGCUGCUGCUACACACAGUGCUAGCAAGCACUAAAGCGUGACUUUGGGGCAGCCCCAGGGUGGCACUGUAGUGCGAUAUAGAGCAGACUCAGAGGAUUACAGAGGAUAACGCUGCAGCUGCAGCAGCCGGAAGUGGUGGUACAGUGGUUGACAUCCGUAAGAGGAAGUCGGAGCGGAGGGAAGAAACGUGACACCGAUGCUGUGUUGGUCGUGACCGUCGACGAUGAAAAUUUAAUCAAAAGUGCUAUAAAUAUCGCCGAAACGGUCGGAGAGUCGGCGGUGUGUGAUUUGUGUAUUUUCGCCAGCGGAGAGGACCACUCACGCGCGGCUCAUGAAUAGCGAAUAUUGUUUACUUGGCGCAACGGCGGUGUCGUCCAAGUCGAGCAACGUGUUUUGAUUUAUCGCCGCCUCGGACGCCGAAUCUUCUGGAGACGCCAGCUGGUCGCGCGACCUCGUAACUUUUUGGCACCGGGUUCCGGGCACAAUCCGGUUUGUCCGCAGCAGCAGUACUGCAGAUAAAAGUUGGCCACUUUGGAGGGGGGUGACUAUGCGCCAUCAUCUGCCAAGUUCCGAAGAGUGAGUGGUGUGUGUGCGGUGAGUUCUGCUCAGUGUAAGUAGUGCAACAACAACAACAACAGCACCAAGACCGGGGAAUCCCCGAAAAGAAGAAGUGGUUCGUUGGUCCAAGUUUAAAAGCACAGCCGAAAAAAAUCAAUACCGUCUGUGCGUGUGAGUGAGCGAACGAAGGCCGAGAGGUAGUAUCAUCAACAGAAGCCCGCCAGGACCGGAUACCGUGUGGAGUCUGAGCGGGCCUGGAAAACAGCAGAGCAGCGCGUUAAUUCAGUUGGAAAAGCCGAUUGGAUACCGCGGAGAGCGGAGACGACGCAACGGCGGUUACGUCGCUGCAAGCAGUACGAGCUAGAAGCAAACAAAGACGAUCUUACCCGGAAACCGCACCAUCAAUGCCACCAGAGUGAUGCUCUGAAAUUCCGAUUUCUGGACGCAACGGUCUGGAAUGUGCCACUCUGCGGCUACGGUGGCAGCGACGUGUCGGUUCCCGGAACUUGGACUCAGCCUGAAGUGAUUCCUGGAUCAGGACGACGACGACCGGCGACGCGUAAGAAGAUGGUUUGAGUGAAGUUCCUCGUCGAUCCACGUAAACUCUGUCCAAGAGAUAGAUAUUUCCACGGAAAAGGGGGGGUGGGAAAAGUGUUGCCCGGAAAAGCCCGUGUGAUUUAAUAAUUCAAGUAAGAAGGGGAGAAAGGUGGAGGAAAGUGUCCUCAUAGAUGGUGUGUAUGUAUGUAUAUAAUUCCCCCCGAAGCAGUGCUCGAGCAGUGAAUUUCCGUCUGCGGUGUACAUAGGAAUAAGCCCCGCAUAGUUAGAUAGGCCGUUUUGUGUUGUAAUAUCAAAGUUUUCGCAGCAGCUGAAGUGAGUGAAACAAGAGUCAACUCUUCAACUUGAGCAGCGGCAGCGGCAGUGGGAGUCAUUAGAAAGUUUGUGUUGGCGUUGGCGUACGUACGUUUGGGAUCCCGAAAGUUACUAGGCGUGCAAAGAGCACCGUCAUCGUCCACUUCCAGUCGCUGUGAGGCUGUCGUGGUCGUCAACUUGGAGCAAGAUGGUCAACAAAUGUUACCUGGCGGCGGUGGUGCUGGUGCCACUGCUGGGACUGUUCACCGGUUACGUGGCUGGCCUCGAGGAGGACUGUGUGGACUUCCAGGGCAACUCGGUGGCCCACGGGCUGCUGUACGUGCCCGGGCCGGGCGUGUGCAGCCUGUGCGUGUGCUACCACUCGGAGCCGCUCUGGUGCAAAGCAAUCUACUGUGAUCCACCCUAUUUUUGUAAAAAGUUUCGCGUAGGUGAACGAUGCUGUGAAUUUGAGUGCUUAGACCCGCCCGGUGAGGACGAGAUGUAUCAGGCUCGCCUCCGGAAGCGCGCGGAAAUCCUAGCUGGCAACAGUGCCAACCAUCCGCUGAAGACGUCCGCCAGCAGGGUGCUGGGCGCCACGGCCACUGCCCUGGCCAUCACGCUGUCCACUAGCUUAAGGCACCGCCUGCCCUCCUCCUAGCUCUCUCCCAAGUCGUGACAGACAACUGCUCUACGAAUGCAGGACCUUUUUUCUCUUGAAUAAUCGUACAUUUAUGAUCUACAAAAAAAAGAUAAAGAAAGGAACAAAAGACACCCACGCUACAAAAAAAUAGAGAAAUUUUUACCUUAUUAAUCCAUCACUAACAAAAACACAACCAAAGAGUAAAUCAAUUAGAGAGAAUUGGAUGCGAAGUGAAGCGAGAUCUUUCAUAAUCCUAAAACGUUAAUGAAGCAAAUUCGAACAAACUACUUAACACUACACACUAACAAAUGAAAAGAGAUGAAGCGAAACGUGGUUCGAAAAAGAAGGUUGGAUAAAAAGCAAUGGAAAACGCGCCGAAAAAAAGAACAAACUUUGUGAGAGGAAGGAAUCAAAACGGAAGCAAACAAAGUAAUAGUAAUUAUAAAAUAAUACUAACAAAAAAAAACUAUGAGAAGCUUUAUUUUUUUGUAUCAAAUCAAAACGAAACAAAGAGAAAAAUAUACCGAUAUGGAUAGUUUGAUAUCAAUCCAUCGCUAAAA